AUGGAGGGAAGUGUGACCAAUAGGCUAGCGACCACAUCAAACCCCGCAAGUAAAUUUACAUUUUUGCCCUAUGACCCGCCAUCUACUUUAUUGCAAAGUAAUAGCGCAGCAUCAGGUUACGAGUCUUCCCGAAAUGAGGCUAGUAAUGGGGCGACUUCAAUUGGGAAAGAGCAUAGUAGCGUAAGACCGACUACCAAUAUAAACGAUCCUGUACAGUCGAGCCCAACUAAGACAGUUCCCUUAACUUCUGAACCCCAACUGACUACCGGUGCCCAGUCCGACGCACAUUUGAAUGGCACUACUGAAUCACAGGGUACCAGCACAAUACCAACCACGAGUAGAAAGGACACUGAGGCAAAGUUAACCUCUACUCAUAAACAGUCACCUCAUCCAUUGGAAAAGGCAGAUGAUACGUUCAUUGCCUUCUCCUACUAG